UGCUCUCAUUGGAAGACUGCCUACUCGACUCUCUACACCGAACAGGAUGUUGUGUUCUAGUCAUAUCUCUCACAGCCAGUGCAGACACAUGCACUACCCAGCCUGACGAGCUGCACACAGGUUUGGCUUCAUCAUAGCAGCCUCAUCAUCCUCAUCCUUACUGCUGCAUCCCACACAGCUAAAUACAUGAAUACCACUGAUAUGGAUUCAUAUGAUGAAUUUCUGGAAUUUUUGGAAGAAUACGGCAAUUACUCUGAUGGAUCUAACCCAAAGUACGUAACAAGUGAAUUUGUGACUCAAUGUCAGAAGGCUGAUGUUGUGCACUUUGGUGCCAAGUACCUUCCUCCAUUCUUCUACAUCAACUUCAUCAUCAGCGUGCUGGGGAAUGGCCUGGUCCUCUACAUCAUCUACAAGUAUGAGAAGCUCAGCACCGUCACCAACAUCUUCCUGCUCAAUCUGGUCAUCUCAGACCUGCUGUUUGCCUGCUGCCUCCCCUUCAACGCCGUCUACCACGCCUCGGAGUGGAUCUUCGGCCGGGCCAUGUGCAAGCUGGUGGCCAGCCUGUUCUCUAUUGGAUUCUACAGCUCCAUCCUCUUCCUCACGCUCAUGACCUUUGACCGCUACCUGGCCGUGGUGCACGCCAUCACCGCAGCAAAGCAGAGACGGAAGGCUUACGCCAUCAGCUCCUCCGUGGUGGUGUGGGUGGUCAGUUUGGCAUCUAGCGUGAAAGAGCUGAUCCUGCACGACACAUUCACCGACAAGCAAUACGGCGAGUUGUGUGAGAACGUUGGUUAUGACCACGACACAUUGACCAAGUGGAAGCUGUUUGGCUACUACCAACAGUUCUUUGUCUUCUUCCUGAUCCCUGUAGCAAUUGUGCUGUACUGCUACAUGCGUAUCACUAUGAGGGUCCUCUCCACGCGCAUGAGAGAGAAGUGCAGAGCGGUGAAGCUGAUCUUUGUCAUCGUGCUCACCUUCUUCAUCUGCUGGACACCCUACAACAUCGUCAUCCUCCUGAAGGCGCUGGAGGAAUCUUUCAGCACAGGGUGUCCAUCAGAUACCCUCGACUACGCUCACUUUAUCACACGUAACCUGGCUUUCCUCUACUGCUGCAUCAGUCCUCUCUUCUACACUUUUGUCGGGAAGAAGUUUCAGAAUCACUUCAGGAGAAUGCUGGCCAGAAACAUCCCUUGCGUGAAGAUCACCAUCUUGGAGAGCCAGAGCAGCAGGACAACUUCACACAAGAGUCCGUACACAACCGAUUACUGAAGGACAAAGGUGCUGCACUAGCCAGAGAACAGAGUACACAGGAUGCAAAUGUGACUGGUAAUGUCUUUGGAAGACUGGUUCUCCAUUUGUGGUGUAAAAUUACUUAAUUAAAGGUUUUAAAAUGCCAAACCUUUAACAUCAAGGUUUUUUUUUAACCCACAAGAUGUAUGCAAGAUGUAAUGCACUCCCUGCAUCUUGCAGUAUGUCAGUUUGCUUUGCAUAAAGUAGCAUAGAUGGAUGUAGCAAUUAAAUGUAUUCACUUGCUUUGUCAGCUAUUUACUUUUUCAGACUUUUGUUCCUUGUUAAAACUAUUUGCUUGAUUUUGCACAAUUUGAAUGGAUGAUAGUGCAUGACUUCAGUAUGACUGGUCUGUAAUAGUGACUCUUGCCAUUGUAGCCUCUUUCUUUGUUUUUAGUGUUUUGUUGUUUUAUAUGAUCCCACAUCAGAUAAAUGAUGACAAAAUCUUGAAUAUUUGAAAGAAUGUUUGAAUACUGUUUGAUUUUUUAAACUAUGAAAUUUGCCAUAAAAUGAAUUAAAUGACUAAAGACUCCAGGAAAAAAUCUUGCAUGGUUAUUUUCUCACAUAUUGUGACAACAGACAACACAUGCCACAAACCAUCAGGUUGUGGUCUGUCCAGGGAAACCAUGAACAAUAACAUGUAGUAGUGCAGCAUUAAGAAAUAUAAUUGUCCAGACUCCAUCAAUAUGCUUUAUGCAUAUUCCAUGUUGGCUAACUUACACGUCUGUCUCUUCUUUCAUUAAA